AUGGAAUUUGAAAUCUACAUGCGACAAAGUAACAAGAGAAAGAGAGUUUGUUAUAGUCCACUGACUCAAAAGAGUGAUGGAACCUUUCUUGAUCUAUUGGUUGAAAGAUGUGAAGAUGAACAAUUCAAUUCAUAUGCUUUGAAAUGGUAUAUGGAAAAAAUAGAGGAAGUUGUGAGGGAAAGAUUUCCUCAUCAUAAACCUAAGUUAAAAGCACACAUUGAAUUGGUAAAUGAGAGGUUAAGGACGAUCUAUGAAAUAGUUUAUGAUAUGCAAAACCAAAGCGGCUUCAGCUGGGAUGACAAGAACAAAAUGAUUAGGGUUGACAGUGAUGAAGUGUGGAAAGAGUAUGUAAAGAGAAAUCCACAUGCGAUGUUAUACAGGAAUACUCCAAUCCCACUUUUUGAUAAGCUUGCUCGUGUUUAUGGUAAAGAACCUGCUAACCCUAGUGCAAAUGUUGAGAUGAUAGAUAAAACAAAGGAGGAACAAAAUGAUCUGGCUUGUGGUAAAGAACCUACUAGUACUAAACUUGGUGCUAAUGUUGAGAUGAUAGAUGAACAAGAGGAGGAACAAAAUGAUUGUGCUUGUGGUAAAGACCCUGCUAACACUAGUGAUCAUGUUGAGAUGAUAGAUAAACCAGAGGAGGAACAAAAUGGCCCUGCUUGUGAUAAAGAACCUUCUAAUGCUAGUGCUAAUGUUGAGAUGAUAGAUAAACCAGAGGAGGAACAAAAUGGCCCUGCUUGUGAUAAAGAACCUUCUAAUGCUAGUGCUAAUGUUGAGAUGAUAGAUAAACCAGAGGAGGAACAAAAUGGCCCUGCUUGUGAUAAAGAACCUGCUAGCCCUAGUGCUAGUAUUGAGAUGAUAGAUGAACAGGAGGAACAAAACGACGCUGCUAGUGGUAAAGAACUUGCUAACCCUGGUGCUAAUGUUGAGAUGAUAGAAAAACAAGAGGAGGAACAGAAUGAAAAUGGAGAGAAUGAAAUAGAAACUACUCUACUAACACCUAGAAAACAUGGAUGUAUCGAGGAUCCAUCAAAGAAAAGAAAUGGAGGAGAAAAUGCAAUCACUAACAGUAUGUUCGAGUUUGAAAAGACUAUCAAGGGCUUGCUUGAAAAUCAUAUAGAACAAUUGCGUGCAGUUGUAAAUUGUCUAGGAGUUGAUAGAGAUAUAUAUGAGGAUUCCAGGAAAGUAAUGAAUGAGCUAACAAAAAUGGGGUUAACAGAACAACAGUAUUUUACUGCGGCUGAUAGAAUAUUUUCAGUGCCUCAUCGAUUGCACAUAUUUUGGAGUUGUAAUGAUGUUAACCGUCUUGCAUACGUUAAGUCGUUAAUCUAG